UGGCCCCAGCCGCGGAACCCGAACUGCAACACCGGAGCUCCGCCUCCACUCCCGCCCGUCUCCGCUGCCGGAUGGACGCAGCCGAGGAGAGGAGGGGCAGAAAGGGGCGGGCGGCGGCGUUCUUCCAGCAGACCCGCCGGGCAGAGGAUCCGAGCACCGAGUUAUAUCGCUGGGCGCUCCCCGCUGCCGAGCCGUCCCCUGUCUCCAUGUCUCAAAGCAGACAUCGCAUCACGGCGCCGCCGCUGGAGCGCGAGGAUAGCGGGACCUUCAGGUCAGCGUCCGAGCUCGGGUUUAGGGAAGAUGAUUACAGCUAAGCCAGGGAAAACACCGAUUCAGGUACUACAUGAAUACGGCAUGAAGACCAAGAACAUCCCGGUGUAUGAAUGUGAAAGAUCUGAUGUGCAAAUACACGCGCCCAUUUUCACCUUCAGAGUAACCGUUGGUGACAUAACCUGCACAGGUGAAGGUACAAGUAAGAAGCUUGCAAAACAUAGAGCUGCAGAGGCUGCCAUAAACAUUUUGAAAGCCAAUGCAAGUAUUUGCUUUGCAGUUGCUGACCCUCUUAUGCCUGACCCUGCCAAGCAGCCGAAGAACCAGCUGAAUCCUAUCGGUUCAUUACAGGAAUUGGCAAUUCAUCAUGGCUGGAGACUUCCUGAGUAUACGCUUUCCCAGGAGGGAGGACCUGCUCAUAAGAGAGAAUACACCACAAUUUGCAGGCUAGAGUCAUUUAUGGAAACUGGAAAGGGAGCAUCAAAAAAACAAGCCAAGAGAAAUGCUGCUGAGAAAUUUCUUGCCAAGUUCAGUAAUAUUUCUCCAGAGAACCACAUUUCUUUAACAAAUGUAGUAGGACAUUCUUUGGGAUGUACAUGGCAUUCCUUGAGAAAUUCUCCUGGUGAAAAGAUCAAUUUACUGAAAAGAAGCCUCCUCAGCAUUCCAAAUACAGAUUAUAUCCAGCUGCUCAGUGAAAUCGCCAAGGAACAAGGCUUUAAUAUAACAUAUUUGGAUAUAGAAGAACUGAGUGCCAAUGGACAAUAUCAGUGUCUCGCUGAACUGUCCACAAGUCCCAUCACAGUGUGUCAUGGCUUGGGGAUCUCCUGCGGCAGUGCGCAGAGUGAUGCAGCUCACAAUGCUUUGCAGUAUCUAAAGAUGAUAGCAGAAAGAAAGUAGCACGGGACCGGCAUAGACGACCUGUCAACAGUACGUGGAAAAUCCUCCUUUGUUCCCUUCCCGAGCAAAAUGUUUACUAUAAGCUUUGAGCUGGUGUGUUGUGUCUAAUUCUCAUCUUGGAUUCCAUCAACAUCCAUCAAGUACACUUCUGUCCUAGUAGUUGUCGUCACACACUUUUUAAUGGCUUCAACUGUGCAUUGGUAUAUUGUCUUUAUAAACUUUGUACCACAGACAGAGUGUAGCACCCAUUUUAAGUGCCAUGUACAUAGAAAGAAGAACUGCAUGUUUAUUGAUGAUGAUUUGAUGAAAUCAAACUCCUGCUAGCAACAGUCUUUCUUACUGGUCACCUGUUCUUUGUGUAUGGAAUUAGAGAAUCAAGAAACACAUGGGCAUUUGUGUACUGAGUGUUGUUAAAUUUCAGGGAACAUGAUUGCUCUGCUGUGUAUUUGAAUCCAUGUAAUAAAGAGCUGUUGUAAUAAUAGG